GUGGAAACAUCCUUCCCUUCUCUCUUCCCUAAUCCCUAGUCUCCACGCAUAUCUGUCUCUCAUUCUCGUCUCCGGCCACAGUGAAAUUAUCACAACGCGAUGGGUGUGGAUUACUACAACAUACUGAAGGUGAAUCACAACGCGACGGAGGAUGAUCUGAAGAAAGCGUACAAGCGUCUGGCGAUGAUCUGGCAUCCCGACAAGAACCCAUCCGCGAGGCGAGACGAAGCGGAGGCCAAAUUCAAACGGAUCUCUGAGGCCUACGACGUUCUCUCCGACCCUCAGAAGCGCCAGAUCUACGAUCUUUACGGCGAGGAAGGUCUCAAAUCUGGGAAAAUCCCCAAUUAUGAGGCUUCUUCCUCGUCCUCUUCGUCGCGACACCCGCAGUUUCACCACCAGCAUCGGCAGCAUCCGCCUAACGCGUCGUCGUUUCGUUUUAACCCUAGAGAUGCGGAGGAUAUCUAUGCUGAGAUCUUUGGAUCUGAAGGUGGAGGAGGAGGAGGGCAUAGGACGACGUUUAGGGAUGGGAGUUUCAGGAACGGUCAUUUUAAUGGUCAUAGUAGUGAGCUUAGGAAAGCUCCAGCUGUUGAGAAUCCGUUGCCUUGUAGUUUGGAGGAUCUUUGCAAAGGUGUGAAGAAGAAGAUGAGGUUGUCCAGAAAUGUUUACGAUGCUUCUGGUAGAAUGAGGGUCGUGGAGGAGAUAUUGCCCAUAGAAAUAAAACCCGGGUGGAAGAAAGGCACAAAGCUCACUUUCCCUAAGAAAGGCAACGAAGAACCUGGAAUCAUACCAGCAGAUAUCAUCUUCGUGGUUGAAGAGAAGCCACAUCCUGUUUACAAGAGAGAUGGAAACGACCUCCUGGUCAAUCAGGAGAUCACUCUACUUGAAGCACUAACAGGUAAGACCCUCGACCUGACCACGCUCGAUGGGAGGACUCUCAUGAUCCCACUGACCGAUAUCAUCAACCCGGAUCACGAGAUUGUUGUUCCAAACGAAGGAAUGCCUAUCUCUAAAGAACCUGGUAGAAAAGGUAACCUGAGACUGAAGCUUAACGUGAGAUAUCCGUCGAAGCUGACGGCGGAACAGAAAUCCGAGCUGAAGAGAGUUCUUGGUGGGGUUUCUUGAAGAAGUCAGAUGAUGAAUGUAGAUAGCAACAGGUAGAAGAUGAUGUAGAUUGUGAAUGGUAGGAUGGAUUCUUCUAAGUGGCGCGGCUUGGAUUUGAAAGCCGUAAGAACAAACACAAGCUUUGCUUCUGCCUUUUCUGUUUCUCUUGUCUGGAAUUAGACUACUCUUUUUUCCUCUUUUUUUUUAAUUUUAUUUAUUUUGAUUUCGUUUCGAGCCCUUUAUGCGAGUUACUCCAAACAUUGAGGUUGCUUUGUUACCUAUUUAUCUUACUAAUAAAAAUCAUUUGUGCCGC